UGUCAACGGGGACUACAGUGAACAAUAAUAAUUAUGAGCUCUACGAUAAACUUUGGUAUAGCAAUCAGUGUGGCAUUUAUUGCAUAUAUAUUUUUAUUCAAUGACCACAAAAAUUUAAAAGAAAAUGACGACCUAAUUGUUCAAUUGGCUAGUCACGAAGGCAAAGUUAGAGGACACACUCUCCAAAGUACCAAAGGAAAUACUUACUAUGCGUUCCAGGAUAUUCCUUAUGCUGCACCACCAGUAGGCAAACUACGCUAUAAGGUGCCUCAAGCACAUCCAGGUUGGAAGGGUAUUAUUAAUGCUACAAGCAAUACCAGAGUUUGUCAUCAACAAAUUCCCACUACUUUACCCCAAAGUGAGGAUUGUUUAGUUAUUAACGUUUAUACACCUGUGAAACCAGAUCCAAAUGCUAAGUUGGCAGUAUAUGCAUGGAUACAUGGCGGCGGGUAUAUUAUUUGGGACGGUACUAUUCAUAGAUACGGAGCUGCUCAUCUGAUAGACUACAAUAUCAUUGUAGUAACAUUUAACUAUCGUCUUGGCGCUUUAGGUUUCUUGACCACAAAUGACGGUGUUAUCCCCGGUAAUUUGGGACUUAGGGAUCAAAAUUUUGCUUUACAAUGGAUAAACAAAAAUAUCCAUAAAUUUGGAGGUGAUCCAGAAAAAGUUACUAUUGGAGGAGAGAGUGCAGGCUCAGGAGCUGUUAGCUUUCAGGUUCUGAGUAAGAUGAGUCGAGGUUUGUUUAGAGGAGCUAUUUUGCAGAGUGGUAGCGCCAUGAAUGUAUUUUCAAAUGUCCCAAAUCCAGGACAAUAUGCAUUUAAAUUAGCUAAAAAGUUGGAUAAUACUUUAGAUGAACAGAAUACUACAAGACUCUUGGAAGUUCUUAUGAACGCUCCAGCAAAUGAUAUUAUUGAUUUGUCAACUAAAAUAUUUGAUGUUAAAGCUAAGAAAACAGUGAGUAUAAUACCUGACCUUAUUUGGGUCCCAUCUGUUGAAGAGAAAUAUAUAGAAGAGCCUUUUAUAAGCAAACCUAUGCAUCAAGCAUUUUUGGAAGGAGAUUUUGAACAUGCGGCUUUAUUAGCUGGAUACACAUCACAAGAAAUGUUAUGGUUUAUUCCGUCUUCUUCUGUCGUUACUCCAUGGAGCACUCAGACAUGGGAGGAGUUUGACGAAAAAUGUAAAUAUGGUGAUGAUAAUCCCAGUAAACUUGUACACGAAGAACUUAACGUGGAUGAAGCUGACAAAGCUACGGUAGGAGCAUUACUGAAACGGCUGUAUACAAAUGCCUCAUUUCUUGAAGACCGAAAUGCUUUAAUUCAGUUUAACAAUGACUACUUCUUUACUAAUGGAAUUAUUCGUCAAGCAGAUUUGACCUCUAAAUAUGCACCGGCGUAUCUCUUCGAAUUUGCUUAUACACCCUCUAACAAUAUUGGUGUUGAACACACUGAAGAGUUACAAUACAUGUGGAAAGGCGACACAGACGAAUAUGUCAAUGAUUAUCAACCAAUUUAUAGGGAUGUUGUCUGUAAACUUUGGAGUAAUUUUGUUAAACAUCUAAAUCCUACACCUGAAAAGGACGAAGCCUUUGGAAACGUGAUAUGGCCCAAGGUAGAGUCGAAGAAUAUUAAGUCUGUCAGUAUAGGCAAAACCUUAGAGGUAAAAACAAACCCAAGAAAAUAUAUAGAGACCAGAGAUAUCUUUGACGUAUAUUUGAAACCACCAUUUUACUCAUAUUAACUAGAUAUAUAAAAGUUGUAACUUUUAAAAUGCCUGACUUCUAUGUGUUGCUGUGAUCAUUUUGGAUUUACAAAAUGUUCUUUUAGUGAUGACGAAAAUUACUUAUAUUAUUUAUACUCAUAAAUAUAAGUAAUUUAAUAAAUAAUUACAUUACUUUUAGUUGAGUAAAAUAUCUCCAUAUACAAGAUAUUAUACUUAUCUGAAUAUAUAAUAUUGUAUACGUCCAUCGAGAAAAAUUUAAUUAAAGUAGCGUUUAUUAUAAAACUCACAUGGAUUUCUGUUUUAAUCAUUUAUACAAAAUAAUAAACACAAAUACCUAACUUGAUGUUUACAAGAUUUUCUUAAUAAAUGUUUAAAAAAUAUGUAACAAACAAGUUUUGUCAACGGCAUUAAAAUGUAAAUUUUAAAUUCUUCUCUAAUUAAGAUUGUUCUCGAUGGUAUGACAUAAUGUUACAAUAGUAUACCUUAAAAACAUUAAAUGUACUAUUUUUUUUUGUUUAUAUAUGAAAGGCGCUGUAC